AUGGCCGGUAAGCAGACACCAUCUACACGCGCCCACGGCAUGCGGUCGCCGCGCGCCCCGCACACGACACGCGCGCACACGACCGCCCCCGAUGCCCUCGCACAUGCUGAUUCUGCUGCCACAGACGAGAUCAGGCGCUCCGGCCGCGCCAACAAGGGCCACCAUACAAAGAACCAGGACGCCCUCGACGAGCCCGCUGCUGCCGCUGCCGCCACGACGACUGCUGCCGCUGCUGCUGCUGCUGCUGCCGCCGCUGCUGCUGCUGCUCCCGCCGCCGCCACCCCCAAGUCCAAAGCACCGUCAGCAGCCGAGAAGAAGGGCCAGGCACACGCAAAAAAGGGCCAGGCAAAGCGCGCGCAGUCGGCCCAGUCGGCCGAUGCAGACGAAGACGACGACGACGAUGAGGAGGAGGAUGCCAUCAUCCGCUGUGUGUGCGGCGACCAGCGCGACAUCCGCGGACGCCAGAUGAUCUGCUGCGACAAUUGCACCGCCUGGCAGCACAACAAGUGCCUGGGACUGCCCGAAGGCGACUAUUGGGAGGGCAAGGACUACUACUGCGAGCAAUGCAAGCCCGAAGACCACGUCGAGCUGCUUGCUGCCAUGGCCCGCGGCGAGAGGCCGUGGGCGCGCAAGAAGGGCUCCAAGCCCAAGCCUCGCCCCAGCGACGUCAAGCAAGAGGCUGCAUCGUCUGAAAAGGCGGCCACGCCGCAGCACGAGACGCCUUCGCAGCCUGCACAAGCUCCGGCCGAGGCCUCUACGCCGACCCCAGCCCCCGUUGCUGUGCCGCACUCAGACGCCUCCAACGGCCAUGGCGACUCCAAGGGCACCAAGAGCCAGCCCCAGUCUCCUCUCGGCGAAAAGCGCCGUCAUGACGCGGCCUCGGAAAAGGCUAGUGCAAAUAAGAAACGCAGAAAGUCAAGUCACCAGGAGCCCAAGCAGGAGCCGCAGAAUGCGCCCGCUGCCGACAUCGACGCGCUUCCGCAGAACCAAAAGGCUGUCGCGGAGAAGAUGUGCGAGACGCUGGCACCCUUGAUCACGGCUGCUUCGGACACGCGGGGGUACCGCAUUCCCGACGGUCAGACUGCCAAGUCGCUCGCUGCAAAGUAUACUCUCCAGAUGUGCCAUGCCGCGUUCAAUCUGUAUGGGGAGCCCACUGGUGGCUCCUCGCCCUACUUUGGCAAGAUGCGCACCAUCAUGUUCAAUGUCAAGAAGAACACGGUUCUCGUAGACCGUCUGCUCUCCGGAAACCUCAAGGCGGACGAUCUCGUGAGCAUGGAGGCGGAAGAAAUGGCAAGCGAAGACAAGCAACGCGAGUACGCUGCCAUGCGAGAAGCAGCCGAGAAGCAGAUGAUUUUGACCGAAGAGACUGGGCCUCGGCUACGCAAAACUCACAAGGGCGAGGAGAUUGUCGGCGAGGAUAACUUUGAGAAUGAAGACUUCAAGCAGCCUGUUCAGCGCGAGCGAGAGAGUGUUACCGAAGACACGACAGCACCGUCGCCUGUUGCCGUGCGCCCAUCCGAGAGUCCCGCUGCGUCUAGGGGACCCGAGACAGACUCGGUGCAGCACGAUGGCCUGCGACGCGCCUCUACAAACUUUGACAUUAAUUCCGUCUUUGACAAGGUUCGCUCGCCGCAGCACGACCAGCAAACCUUCCUCCACCGCCGUCGCAGCUCCAUGCACACACAAGACAAGCCCCAGAGCGCCGUAGACGAUGCAGACGUUGACCGGUUGCUCAAGGACGAAGACAACGACGUCGAGAUGGCAGGCUACUCAUCAGACCCCACCGUCUGCUGGCACGGCUCCAUCAACAUGCAGUCUAUGGAACCAUUUGAUGCAGUCGCUCGGUUCGUCGCAGGUGGCGACUUUGGCCAAGUGGUGCCCUGGGAAAAGCUCUUGACCCAUAUUGUGGCAAUCCAAGGACGCAUUGAGAGUUCAAAGGGAAACGACUAUAUUCAAAGCAUUGGACACACGGAGAGCCACGAAGUCUCCAUCCUUGCCAUUAGCCCAGUCACCACCGAGGGCCGCACCGUCAUGGACCAUCUGUAUGAGUACUUCCACUCACGUGGUAGGUGGGGUGUUGUACCUGUCGAAGGCAACGGCAUUCUCCGCGAUCUCUAUGUGAUUCCGAUCGAGGAGGGCGGAAGUAACCUUCCCCCGUUCAUCGACAUGCUGGAGUACUGUACCAUUGAAACACCGCGCAAGGAAAACAUGUUGAUCUUGGCCCUUGUUGCCAAACUACCAGAGGCUAAGCCACAACUGCCACCCACACAACACUAUGAGCGAUAUCCCGCUCAGGAGGUGGCUUCUGGCCACAUUGCGCAGCCUGCUCUCGGCAAUGGUUCCAGCCCAUCCCCAAUGGCCAACCCCCACGCGCCACAAUUUUCGCCCGUCAGCGCAGUCUAUCCACAAGCGCAGUACGGCAAUCCGUUCGUUCCACCACAGGCAAACAUGGUACCUCAACCCCCACUUCCCAUGCAUACCCCACCACACCACCAAAUCCCCAAAGCACUGGAGAUCCUCGGCCCGUACAUUGACGCUCCGGUGAUUGUCACUAUCCUCAGCUCCAAUCUGUCACAGAAUGCAGUUGUCUCGGAGCUACAAAUGAUCAACCUUCGACAUAUUGUUGAGACUGUGCCGGAAGCACGGGAUAACAUCACAGUGCUCACCAACCAUUUGCAAUCCAAGACGGAGGCAAACAGACAGCAACAACAUGCCCAGCCCUCUGGAGCGUUGUAGGACAGUGUCACAGAUGCGCUGGCUAUUAUGGAAAUGCACAAUCAAUAACGCAUGUUUUCAGGAAGAGGUAAGAAAAAAAAGAAACUUGAAAUGUUAUGCGGUACUUGGGCGGUUUACUCUCUUUGUCUUGGCAGCAAGUGGUUCUGCUUUAGGAUCAGGAUCCAGUUGUGUAUGGUGGCGGCGAUGACGGCGAUGACGGCGCUUCCUAUCUUUUUUCUCUCUUUUUCGUUAGUAUACUUUGAUACCCACCUGUGGUGUACUAGUUUUGUUUUUUCCAGUAAAUACUUUUUUGGUUUCCACUACUCUCCGAAAAAAAAUAUCUCCG